UAUUGUACGGUACCUUAAUCAGCCUUUUACGGUAAAAUAUAUAAAUAGCCCAAAAAAUAAUUUAAUAAACAUAAACAUUCUUCAUUCUCAUUUUAUCUUCGUUUGUUAUUAUCAGUUAUGCGUUUAAUUAAAUUUAUUUUAUUAUGUUUAAUAAUGUUAUAUACCUUCAAUAUAGGCUAUCAAUUUGCUCUUUUACAUAAUGAACCAAUUGAAAAUAAACUAAUUACAUUAUUCAUCAAACAUAAAUGUUCCGCAAAUGUGAAUUACGGUCUACUCGGUCAUUUAAAACUUCAUAAAAUUGAUUACAAACCAUAUAUCAUAGAAUGGAGUCACCCUUUAUUCGGUCAUUUGGAAAUCGAUAAAGAUUAUUUAUUUAUCGUAGAAUAUUUAUUUGACCUUACCGAUUUUUGUAAAAGUGAUCGGGAAAAGUUUUUAUACAUUGAUUUGGUAAAAGUUAUUCAACCUUAAUAUUCUUAUGUUCAAAUUAUUCUUUUUAUCAUUAAUUUCUUUUUUUUUUAGAUGAAUUCACUUUCAAGUUUAUUUGUUUUUAUCGCCGUUUACAUUCAAAUGUUUUGUAUUAAACAAUUCUAGUAUAUAAUGGGCUAUCUAAUAUUUGUAAAUAAAUUAUCUUAUUCUUUUAUCAAUAUUCAAAUCAUUUUUGCGUCUCUUCCUAUAACAUUAGGUAAAAAAUAUGGUAAAG